AUGGGUUUCUUCAGUACUAUAUUCGGAUUUUUUGGAUUUGGAUUUGGGAUUGCCAUUGGUCUCAUUUCUGGCUAUUAUCUCUUCAUUUACAUUCUACCCAUUCAUGUUGAGGAUCCUGAAAUCAAGCCAUUGGAGGAUGAAGACUCAGAAGUUUUGCAACGAAUGAUGCAUGAGAUUCCACUCUGGAUAAAAAACCCAGAUUUUGAUCGGGUUGAUUGGCUAAACAAGCUCAUAGAGUAUAUGUGGCCGUACCUUGACAAGGCAAUAUGCACUACUGCACAAAAUAUUGCAAAGCCCAUAAUUGCUGAGCAGAUUCCAAAUUAUAAAAUUGAUGCUGUUGAGUUUGAAGUGCUCACAUUGGGAACCCUUCCACCAACAUUUCAAGGAAUGAAAGUUUACAUGACUGAAGAGAAGGAAUUAAUUAUGGAGCCCUGCAUAAAAUGGGCUGGAAAUCCUAAUGUCAUCAUUGCAGUUAAGGCUUUUGGGUUGAAAGCAACCAUUCAGGUGGUAGAUUUGCAAGUUUUUCUUAUACCUCGUAUUACUCUGAAGCCUUUGGUUCCAAGCUUUCCUUGCUUUGCCAACAUUUAUGUGUCUCUCAUGGAAAAGCCACACGUUGAUUUCGGACUAAAGCUUGUAGGAGCUGAUCUCAUGUCUAUUCCUGGACUGUACAGGUUUGUUCAGGAAACUAUCAAAGAUCAGGUUGCAAAUAUGUAUCUGUGGCCCAAAACUUUGGAAGUUCAAAUCAUAGAUCCUACAAAAGCUUUCAAAAGGCCUAUUGGAAUUUUAAAUGUAAAGGUUGUAAAAGCAAUGAAGUUAAAGAAGAAAGAUCUUCUUGGCGCAUCGGACCCUUAUGUGAAACUAAAGCUUACCGGGGAUACUCUGCCAUCAAAAAAGACCACCGUGAAGCACAAAAACUUGAACCCCGAAUGGAACGAGGAAUUUAGUUUUGUUGUUAAAGAUCCCGAGUCUCAGGCUUUGGAUCUUAAUGUUUAUGACUGGGAACAAGUUGGGAAGCAUGACAAGAUGGGUAUGAAUGCAAUCCAAUUGAAAGAACUGACCCCUGAAGAGACUAAAGUUUACACUCUUGAGCUUUUGAAAAAUAUGGAUCCCAAUGAUUCCCAAAAUGAGAAGUCUCGCGGGCAGGUUGUUGUUGAAGUAACAUAUAAACCCUUUAAAGAGGAAGAAAUGAACAAAAGUUUUGAUAGGAUACAAUCCCUUCAAAUAGCACCUGAAGGCACUCCUCCAGGGGGAGGUCUCCUUGUAAUUAUAGUACAUGAAGCUCAAGAUAUUGAAGGAAAAUACCACACCAAUCCACAUGCACGUCUUACUUUCAAAGGGGAAGAGAGAAAGACUAAGAGCAUGAAAAAGAAUAGAGAUCCAAGAUGGGAAGAGGAGUUUCAAUUUAUGCUGGAGGAACCUCCCACUAAUCAGAAAUUACAUGUGGAAGUUUUCAGCACUUCAUCAAGAAAUUUGUUGCGUCAAAAGGAAUCAUUGGGUUAUAUUGACAUCGGUCUUGCGGAUGUUGUUACUAACAAGAGAAUCAAUGAGAGGUACCACCUUAUAGACUCCAAAAAUGGUCGCAUACAAAUAGAGAUACAAUGGAUAGCCUCAUAA